UAGAGGCUGAAGUGUUUAAAUGACAAGAAAACGAUAAUGGUAUGGUCUGUCUUUGAACAAAAAGGACACAGUGAGGCACGUGGUGUCACACGUAUAUGUAUAAAGCGUCACCUCUUGGGUGAAACACAGUUCUUGCGUGCGAACUCACCGAAGAAGGCAAGGAGACUUCACGGUAAGUAAAUGUCAGGACCACAGAACCUGUCGUUUCAUUCUCAUGCUCCUGCAGUCGCAAACGCGAAGGGCCUUCGGAACCUGCGGAAACGCUCCUAAUGUGAAAGGGUGUUACGAUGUUUGUGCGUUUAGAUCAACAUUUAUUACUCCGUAGACGAUUAACAUUGCCGUCGUUCGACACCAGUGAUGGCUCCCGUACUCGGCUACUGGGACUUGAGGGCUAUGGGACAACCCAUCCGCAACCUUCUCGUCUACAAGAGAGUCCAGUUUGAAGACAAACAGUUCAAGGUCGGCCCACCUCCCGAGUACGACAAGUGGCACAAGGAGAGGUCCACGCUGGGCCUUUCAUUCCCCAACCUGCCGUACUACGUCGACGACGACGUCAGGUUGGCCCAGAGCUUGGCUAUCCUCCGCUACCUGGGAAGAAAGCAUGACCUGGUGGCCAGGAACGACAAGGACACUGCGGAACUGGACGUCAUCGAGCAACAAGCGCGAGAUCUGUGUCUCCUUCUGGACUACGGAGUUGCGGCAGACUCGAAGCUCGAGUACGGUCUCGAAUCGUACGCCAAAAAGCUGGACGAGGUCCUGGCUCCCUGGGACGACUUCCUGGCCUACCGGAAGUGGACACUGGGGGACAGGCUGACGUACGUGGACUUCCUGCUCUACGAAGGGCUCGACUGGCACCGAGAGUUCCAACCGGAGACCUUGCAGCGGUACCCGCACAUUGUGGAGUACCUGAACAGGUUCGAAGAACUGCCCAACAUCAAAGAGUACUUCGCCUCGAAGCGGUACAAGAAGUGGCCUAUCUUGUGCCACCUGAGGAAGUGGGGCUACAAGAAGCCAUUCGAAGGGCAUGAGUAGGCGUCGCUGCUGCUAUUUGCUG